AAGGGUGCCCUGGGCCCUCCUAGCCUCCUCUCCACCGUCUUCUGGAUGGUAGCCGAAAUUGUCAAGUAUCUGUGCAUCCUGUUCCAAUGAAAGAGGCUUGAAACGAUCCCCCAGGCCAUCAAGAUGGAUUACAGUUCCUACAGCGGUGUGCCGAGGUUCUUGACCAGGCCCAAAGCCUUUGUGGUCUCCAUGGGCAAAGAUGCCACCUUGAGCUGCCAGAUCAUUGGCAACCCCAUCCCAUUGGUCAACUGGGAGAAGGACAAACUCCCCCUCCAGAUGGGAGGACGCUUCAAGAUGGUGGAAGAUGAUGACCUUUAUCGUCUCACGAUCUACAACUUGAGCUUGGAGGACAGUGGUCAGUACAUCUGCCGGGCCAAGAACACGAUUGGGGAAGCCUUCGCCGCCGUCAGCAUAAAAGUUGGCGAGCAGACCACUGUGACCGAAUCGGCCCCGUAUUUCAUCCAGAAGCCCACAUCCAUCCGAGUGAUCAUGGGUGAAGAUGCCAUGUUCAAGUGCAUCGUCCAAGGUAGUCCUCCCCUCGCCAUCAACUGGGAGAAGGAUGGGAAACACCUCAGCAAAUCAUAUGAUUCCAACCGGAUUUGGAUCGAAUCCCAGGGCGAGAAGAAUGCUCUGAAGAUCCAAAGUACUCGUUUGGGAGACAGUGGGACCUACACUUGCCAUGCAGAGAAUCCUUUAGGAUCCUCCAGCGCAGCUGCAGCAUUGAUGGUAGAUCUUCCAGAUUCAUACAGCCCGGGCAGCACGAGACACAGCAUAGACAUCGGUAGCAAGACUUCUCCAUUGUUGUCCCACAUGCAGAAAAGACGAGAAGAAAUCCGGAAGAGUGAUUUGUCCAGUGUAGACUCCAUGAUAUCCACUGAAGGGCGGUCCAAACUCGGAUUGAGCUUGUCCUUGGAUUACGAACGGGCUGCUAGCUUGACCUCCAAGGGACUCCGUGGCGAUGGAGGCUCAUAUUAUCGGGUCACCACCCGGAGUUUCACUGUCACGGAGGGCAAGCAUGCCAAAAUGAGCUGCUAUGUGACCGGAGAACCGAAACCAGAGACAGUUUGGAAGAAGGAUGGCGAAGUGAUCCUUGAGAGCCGGAGACAUAUCAUUUAUGAGGAUGAGCAGGAGAAUUUUGUCUUGAAGAUCCUCUUUUGCAAGCAGGUCGAUAAUGGCCUCUAUACCUGCACGGCUUCAAACUUGGCAGGACAGACCUACAGUUCUGUGUUGGUGACUGUCAAAGAACCGAGAAUACCUUUCAAGACAAAACUCCAAGACUUGGAAGUUCGAGAGAAGGAGUCCGCGAUCUUCUUGUGUGAAGUGCCCCGUUCUGAUGUGGAGACCACUUGGUUCAAAGAAGAGACUAGACUUCAACAGAAUGACAAGUACAAGAUCGAAGAAGAUGGGACAUGUCGUAAGCUCACGGUCCAAAACGUCACCAUGGAUGAUGAUGCUGUCUACAUUUGCGAGAUGAAGGAAGGCAGCAGGACUAUUGCCGAAUUGAGCGUUCAAGGCAACAUUAUAAAGAAACUGCCAAGGAAGACGGCUGUCAGUAUAAAAGACACCGCAGUAUUCUGUGUGGAACUGGAACAAAAGUGCGAGAAGUUCCGAUGGCUGAAGAAUAAGGAAGAAUUAAAACCUAGCGGUCGCAUCUCAAUCUCCUCAACAGACAGAGAAUAUACCAUGAUCAUCCGGGAUUGUCAGAUAGAAGAUGGAGGAGAAAUUGUCUUUGUGGCUGAUGAAUGUAGAACAUCUACACAGUUUACUGUCUCUGCUCCGAAGAAGCCCCCAUCACAUCCUCCAGCUGACCCAGUGGUGAAAAAUAAAACAGAAACCUCAGUGACGUUAGCCUGGUCUCUUCGAAAGAUGGACCGGCCUAUCCCAAUUGAUGGCUACCUUGUUGAACGUAAGAAACUGACUGGAUUCACAUGGCUGAGGUGCCACCAAGCUCUGGUGUCCCAAACUGAGUUUAUAGUCAACAACAUGACUGAAGAGGCUGACUACCAGUUCCGAGUUUCGGCAGUCAAUAAAUAUGGCCAAAGUGAUUAUCUGGAAUUUCCUGGAGUCUGGCAUCUUGAACCUACCCUGGCAGUGAAAACCCCUCUGAGAAAUGUUGAAGUUGCACCAGGGAGAGAUGCAACCUUCACUGUGGACCUCACCACUCCUAGUCCCGGCUUGUGGUACAUCAAUGGCAACCUUGUGCAGAACAGUGACAAAUACAUAAUUAUGAGAACCAAAGGAACCCACAGUUUAACCAUUAAGCGGGUCACCAGUGCUUUCAAGGAGGCGGAGGUGAAAUUUGUAGCCAAGGAUAUUGAAAGCAUUGGAAGAGUCACCUUGAAAGAUGAAGUGGCCACGUUUGUUAACGACUCAGCCCCAGGGAUUUCGGUCAACCUUCACGAGAAGUUUGAGCUGGUCUGCGAGGUGUCCUCGGCUACUGAUGCGGUCCUGUGGAAAAAGGGGAAGAAGGACAUCAAGCCAGACCAAAGGGUGACAUUUUCCGUUCAGGGAAAACAGCGAAAACUUAUUAUCCAAAACGCCGUCAAGGAAGACGAAGGGGUUUAUAUCUGCGAAUCAAAAGAUGAUCGACUAUCCUUCCAGGUGGAGGUUAAAGAGCCUGCAGAGGUCUUUUUCGGCAAGGAGAAAGUCCAGAAAGAAAUCAGAGCUAUUCUUUCCGAAAACGCCUUUCUCAGCUGCGAAGUAGCCCAGCCCACGAUGGAAGUGAGAUGGUUCAAGGAUGGGAAACUCAUCACCCCUAAUAAGAAAUUCAAGAUUGAAACAGAAGGGAAAUCUCGCUGGCUGAUUAUCCGACAAGUGGACAGGAAGGACGGAGGUCAAUACACCUGCGAAGCAGAUGGCCAGAAACUGGCCUUCAAAGUGAUUGUAACAGAUAGAGAGGUUGAGGAGAUAUUUGUCAACCAGAAGAUGAUCCAGAAGGACAUCAAGAGUGUGGCUUCAGAGACCCUCUCUCUAACCUGCGAGGUGGCCCAAGCUAAGACAGACGUCAAAUGGUUCAAAGAUGGGAAGCUGAUCACUGACACCAAGAAGUUCAAAGUAGAAGAACAAGGUGGAUCCCGUUGUCUGGUUGUUCAACAGGUGGAGAAGAAAGAUGCAGGUGAAUAUACCUGCGAAGCCGAUGGCCAGAAGCUCACCUUCAAAGUCACGGUGGCAGAUGAAAAAGUUAAGGAAAUCUUUGUCAACAAGGAGAAGGUCCAGAAGGACAUCAAAGCUGUAGUUUCAGAAAAUAUCUCUCUCAGCUGUGAGGUGGCCCAGGCCAAGACAGAUGUCAAGUGGUUCAAGGAUGGAAAAUUGAUUACCUCCAACAAGAAAUUCAAGGUAGAAGCAGAAGACAGAUCCCAUCAUCUGGUUGUUCAACAGGUGGAGAAGAAAGAUGCAGGUGAAUACACCUGUGAAGCAGAUGGCCAGAUGCUGAACUUCCAAGUAACCAUAACAGAAGUUGAGGAGAUGUUUGUCAACAAGGAGAAGGUCCAGAAGGAGAUCAAGGCCAUGGCUUCAGAGGACGUCUCUCUCAGCUGUGAGGUGGCCCAGGCCAAGACAGAUGUCAAGUGGUUCAAGGAUGGAAAAUUGAUCACCUCCAACAAGAAAUUCAAGUUGGUAGCAGAAGGCAGAUCCCGGCGUCUGGUGGUCCAACAGGUGGAGAAGAAAGAUGGAGGCGAAUACACCUGUGAAGCCGAUGGCCAGAAACUCACCUUCACAGUAACUGUAGCAGAGAGAAAAGUUGAGGAAAUGUUUGCCAACAAGGAGAAGGUCCAGAAGGACAUCAAGGCUGUAGCCUCAGAGAACGUCUCUCUCAGCUGCGAGGUGGCCCAGGCCAAAAUGGACGUCAAGUGGUUCAAGGAUGGGAAACUGAUCACUUCCAGCAAGAAAUUCAAGGUAGAAGCCGAAGGCCAUUCCCGGCGUUUGGUUAUCCAACAGGUGGAGAAGAAAGAUGGAGGUGAAUACACCUGCGAAGCUGAUGGCCAGAAGCUCACCUUCAAAAUCAAGGUUGCAGAAACCGAGGAGAUGUUUGUUAACAAGGAGAAAGUCCAGAAGGAGAUCAAGGCCGUGGCUUCAGAGGACGUCUCUCUCAGCUGUGAGGUGGCCCAGGCCAAGACAGAUGUCAAGUGGUUGAAGGAUGGGAAAUUGAUCACUUCCAGCAAGAAAUUCAAGGUGGAAGCUGAAGGUAGAUCCCGGCAUCUGAUUGUUCAACAGGUGGAGAAGAAAGAUGGAGGCGAAUACACCUGUGAUGCCGAUGGCCAGAAACUCACCUUCAAAGUCACAAUUGCAGAAGCUGAGGAGACAUUUGUCAACAAGGAGAAGAUCCAGAAGGACAUCAAGACUAUUCCUUCAGAGAACGUCUCUCUCAGUUGUGAGGUGGCCCAGGCCAAGACAGAAGUGAAGUGGUUCAAGGAUGGGAAACUGGUCACCUCCAACAAGAAAUUCAAGGUGGAAGCUGAAGGCAGAUCCCGGCGUCUGGUUAUUCAACAGGUGGAGAAGAAAGAUGGAGGCGAAUACAUCUGUGAAGCCGAUAGUCAAAAACUUACUUUCAAAGUCGCAGUUGCAGAAGCUGAGGAGAUGUUUGCCAAUAAGGAGAAGGUCCAGAAGGACAUCAAGACUAUUCCUUCAGAGAAUGUCUCUCUCACCUGUGAGGUGGCCCAGGCCAAGACAGAAGUCAAGUGGUUCAAGGAUGGGAAACUGGUCACCUCCAGCAAGAAAUUCAAGGUGGAAGCUGAAGGCAGAUCCCGGCGUCUGGUUAUUCAACAGGUUGAGAAGAAAGAUGGAGGUGAAUACACGUGUGAAGCCAAUGGCCAGAAGCUGAACUUCAAAGUCACCGUUGCAGAUGCAAAAGCUGAGGAGAUGUUUGUCAACAAGGAGAAGGUCCAGAAGGAUAUCAAAGUUGUAGCUUCAGAGAAUGUCUCUCUCAGCUGUGAGGUAGCCCAGGCUAAGACAGAAGUCAAGUGGUUCAAGGAUGGGAAACAGAUCACAGACACCAAGAAGUUCAAGGUAGAAGAACGAGGUGGAUCCCGUUGUCUGGUUGUUCAACAGGUGGAGAAGAAAGAUGCAGGUGAAUAUACCUGCGAAGCCGAUGGCCAGAAGCUCGCCUUCAAAGUCAUGGUGGCAGAUGAAAAAGUUAAGGAAGUUUUUGUCAACAAGGAGAAGGUCCAGAAGGAUAUCAAGGUUGUAGCUUCAGACAAUGUCUCUCUCAGCUGUGAGGUGGCCCAGGCCAAGACGGAAGUCAAAUGGUUGAAGGAUGGGAAACAGAUCACCGACACCAAGAAGUUCAAAGUAGAAGAACAAGGUGGAUCCCGUUGUCUGGUUGUUCAACAGGUGGAGAAGAAAGAUGCAGGUGAAUAUACCUGCGAAGCUGAUGGCCAGAAGCUCACCUUCAAAGUCACAGUGGCAGAUGAAAAAGUUAAGGAGGUGUUUGUCAACAAGGAGAAGGUCCAGAAAGAUAUCAAGGCUGUGUCUUCAGAGAAUGUAUCUCUCAUUUGUGAGGUGGCCCAGUCCAAGGCAGAAGUGAAAUGGUUCAAGGAUGGGAAACUGAUCACUGUGAGCAAGAAAUUCAAAAUAGAAGCACAAGGUGGAUCGCGUUGUCUGGUUGUGCAACAGGUGGAGAAGAAAGAUGCAGGUGAAUACACCUGCGAAGCUGAUGGCCAGAAACUGACUUUCAAAGUCACUGUUGCAGAUAGAGAAGCUGAGGAGAUGUUUACCAAGAAGGAGAAGGUCCAGAAGGAGAUCAAGGCUGUGGCUUCAGAGACCGUUUCUCUCAGCUGUGAGGUGGCGCAGGCCAAGACAGAUGUUAAGUGGUUCAAGGAUGGGAAAUUGAUUACCUCCAGCAAGAAAUUCAAAGUGGAAGCAGAAGGCAAAUCACGACAUCUGGUUGUUCAACAGGUGGAGAAAAAAGAUGGAGGCGAAUAUACCUGUGAAGCUGGUAGCCAGAAACUCACCUUCAAAGUCACUGUAACAGAAGCUGAAGAGAUGUUUGCCAACAAGGAAAUGAUCCAGAAGGACAUCAAGACUGUGGCUUCAGAGAAUAUCUCUCUCAGCUGUGAGGUGGCCCAGGCCAAGACAGAAGUCAAAUGGUUCAAGGAUGGAAAAUUAAUCACCUCCAGCAAGAAAUUCAAGGUGGAAGCUGAAGGCAGAUCCCGGCGUCUGAUUAUUCAACAGGUAGAGAAGAAAGAUGCCGGUGAAUACACAUGUGAAGCUGGAAAACAGAAGUUGAUCUACAAAGUCAUUGUUGAAGAAGCUCCUGAAAUCUUUACCAAAAAAGACAAAAUAAAGAAGGAGGUCAAGGCGGUCCUGAAGGAGAACACCAUUUUGACCUGCGAGGUGGUCACUUCAGACACUCAGGUGAAAUGGUACAAAGAUGGACAACCCAUCCCCAUCAGCAAACACAUCAAGAUGGAGUCGGAUGGAACCAUCCGCAAACUGCACCUGGAGCAGGUGGUGACCAAGGACGUGGGAGAGUAUACCUGUGAAGCAGGUGGUCAGAAAGUGACCUUCAAGGUGGAAGUAACAGAACCAGAGGUCAAAUUCCAAAGAAUAGCUGCUCAGGAGGAGACCAUUGUCACUCAGGAGCACAAGGAAGUCAUCUUCUCCACCGUGAUACAACCUGAGGAGGCUGAGGUCAAAUGGUUCAAGGAAGGAGUUGAGAUCAAAGAUGGCAAGAACUAUAAGAUAAAGAAGGACAAGGCGGCUAGGACCUUGAUUGUGAAGACAGCCGAAAUCAAAGAUGCUGGUCUGUACACUUGCGAAGUCAAGAGUGAGAAACAGCAGUUCCAACUCAAAGUGGAAGAAGUACCGGUUAAGUUUGCCAAAAAGCUGGAGCCUGUAAAAGCUGAGCUGGGAAAGGCUUUGAGUUUGAGUUGUGAACUUAACCAGCCCGAAGGUGCGGUUGUGUGGCGCAAGGACGGAACGGUUCUCAAAGCUAGCAAGCGCUACCUGAUGCAAGAAAUUGGUGCCAAAAGAGUGCUGAUCAUCUCCGGUUUGCGGGCUGAGGACAAGGGAGAAUAUUCAUGUGAGGCAAAGAAUGACCAAUGCAUCGUUCAAGUCACACCCACAGCGCCUCGCAUCGUGAAGUUUGUCAAGGGCCUCUCCAAAGUCAUUGCAGAAGAAGGGAAGGAGGCGGUUUUCGAAUGCACCGUCUCACCCAGCGAUGCGGCCGUUAGGUGGAGCCACCGUGGAACCCCGGUCGAAGCCAGCAAGAAAUACGCCGUUUCUCAUCGGGAUGUCCAUCACAGCCUCAUCAUCACCGCACUGACAGUCCAAGACAGUGGGGAAGUCACAGCCGAAGCUGAGGGAGAAGAGAGCCGGGCCCACCUCCGAGUGGAAGAAGCACCGGUGUUAUUUGUGAAGAAAUUGGAGGGCAAAGCCGUAGAAGAGAAGCAGACUGUUAUCCUUGAAGUGGAGCUAUCCAAGCCAACCACGGAGGUGAAGUGGACAAAGAACGCAAGUGUCCUUCAUCCAAUGGCCAAUCUGGAGAUCCAUGCCGAGGGGACAAAGCACCACCUGGUGAUCAAGAGUGCAUCCUGUGAUGAUCGUGGGUUUUAUUCCUGCGAGACCCUCCAUGACAAGACACAAGCCAAGGUCACUGUAGACAUGAGACCCAUCAAAUUGAUCAAAGGCCUGCAGCCGACGGAUGUUCACGAGAAGGAAUCGGUCACUUUUGAGGUGGUACUGUCCCACGAAGACGUGGAAGCAGUUUGGAUGAAGGACGGUCUGCGUCUCAAGUCUCAGGACAACUGCCAGAUAACCGCCCAAGGGAAGAAGCACUCACUGACCCUCACGUCCCUGACAUUGGAAGACUCAGCUCUUAUUUCCUUCAAGGCCGAAGGGAUUCACACCACAGGCAGGCUCAAUGUGAAAGAAACCCCUGUGAAAAUCAUCACACCUUUAAAAGAUCUCAAAAUCCAGAACAAGGAUGACGUAACACUUGAGUGCGAACUUUCCAGGCCCAAUGCAGAAGUGAAGUGGCGUAAGAAUGGAGUGGAGAUCCGGUCGAGUAAAAAGAUGGUCAUUGCUUCCAGAGGGACAAAGAGAAGCCUCGCCAUUCACACAUGCGAAUAUGAAGACCAAGGAACAUACAUGUGUGACGCAGUGGAUGAUAAGAGCUCAGCUGUUUUGGAGAUCUACGGGAAAAGUCACACGCUGGUUUACCGCAGUGUGGAGUUGCAGGAUUCUGCAGAAAUAAAAUUUGUGGCCGAAGCUGCAGAAUCACAAGCUCAGCUUAAAGUCAAAGAACUACCGGUCAAGAUCAUUAAACCCCUCCGGGUGAAGAUCGCCAUUGAAAGACACCGAGGUUUUAUGGAAUGCCAAGUCUCUCGUCCGAACGCUAUUGUUAAGUGGUUCAAGGGGGACCGAGAACUCCAUCCUGGUCAGAAGUAUGAGAUGGUGAGCGAUGGGAUCUACCGGAAACUUAUCAUCAACGAGACCGCGUUUGAGGACGAAGGGAUUUAUACCUGUGACGCCGUGGAUGAUAAGAGCAGCGCUCAGUUCUAUGUGGAAGAACAAACCAUCAACGUUGUGAAGGAGCUGAGAGAUGUGGAGGUGAUGGAACCAGCCGAAGCCCGCUUUGAGUGCGAAAUCUCCAUCCAUUCAGUGAAGCCCCCCAAAUGGUCUCUCCGUGGAGAAGUGCUACAAAAUGGCCCAAAUGUCAUCAUAGAACAAGAGGGGAAAAUCCACCGGCUGAUCUUGAGGAAGACCAAUGUGGACAUGACAGGCACCAUUCAAUUUGCCAUUGGCAAGUCCAAAUCCUUGGCUGAUCUGGUGGUCAAAGAUAUUCCAGUGAUCUUCACUAGACCUCUAGAAGACAAGACAGUCCUGGAAACCCAUUCAGUGGUCCUCUCUUGUGACUUCAAGCCAUCCCCAAAGGAGGUUGAGUGGUACAGGAACCACACUUUGCUGGAACCUUCUGAGAAAUUUAAGAUGAAGAGAGAGAAGUUCACAGCGGAGCUCAAAAUCCUGAGGUUGACUGUCAGGGAUUCAGGUGUCUACCGAUGCAAAGCCGGAAGCGCAGAGACGAAAGCCACGUUGACCAUUUUGGAGCGCAAAGUGGAGAUCACCAAACAUCUGCAGGAUGUGGAGGUUGACGAAGAGAGCUCGGCCUCCUUCUCCUGCGAGUUGUCUGAGGAUUGUGAGGAUGUCGAAUGGUUCCUCAAUGACACUCAUCUCUUCCCCAACAACUUCAAUGAGAUAAAGCAUUUGGGGAAGUCCCACAGCCUGACGCUGAAGCACGUCACGCCAGAAGACAGCGGGACAAUGACCGUCAAGGUUCAGAAGAAAAUCUCUGAGAGCAUCCGGCUGAAGGUGAAAGAGAAGCCAGCCGUCUUCAUGAAAUCUCUGGAUGAUGUGGUUGCCGAGGAACGAAGCACUAUCACACUGGAAUGUGAAGUCUCAAAACCGAAAGUGAAACCGGUAUGGAAGAAGGAAGAGGUGGAAUUGAUCCCAGGAGACAAAUAUGAGAUGCUGCAGUCCGGGAAGACCCUAGGACUCAUCAUCCGAGAUCUCGGCAAAGAUGACGCCGGUUGGUACACCUGUGAUCUUGGGACGGACGUCGCCAAGUCUAAAGUCAUCAUUCAAGAGCUGAAUAUCGGCAUCACAAAGCGUCUAAAGAGCGUUGAGGUGCAGGAAGGAGAGAGCUGUAGCUUCGAAUGCGUCCUCUCACACGAGAGUCUAGACGGUUGUCAGUGGCUGAUCAAUGGGAACGAAGUCAGCCAUGACGCCCGAUAUAGAGCCUUCAACAAAGGAAGGAAAUACACCCUCACCAUCAAGAAAACCUUAGUGACCGAUUCUGGCGAAGUGGUGUUUUCCGUCCGUGACUUAAAAUCCAAAGCUUCUCUUGUUGUGAAAGAAAAACCCGCCGAAUUCACAAGACAGCUGGAGGACAAGUCCACCUCGGUGGGACGGGAAGUCAGCCUGAGUUGUGACUUGUCUAGAUGGGACAACAACCUGAAGUGGAAGAAGGACGGCAAGGAGAUUCGGAGGAGUCAAAAAUACGACCUGCGUCAGGAAGGCACCCGGGCGAUAUUAAUCAUCCAUGACACCACAGUGAAAGAUGGCGGAGAAUAUACCUGCGAGAUCGAAUUCUCCAAAACAAAAGCCACAUUAUCGGUGGAAGAAGCUGGAAACUGCUUCGUGAAGGAUCUUGAGGAUCUGAAGGUGGAGGAGAAUAAGAAUGUCACCCUCACCUGUGAAACCAAGAAACCAGCAUCUGCUGUGACCUGGAGGAAAGGCAUUGUUGACCUUCAAGCCGGCCAGAAAUAUGAGAUCAGCCAAAAAGGGACCAUCUUGCAACUCCUCAUGAAGGAUCUCAGAGAAAAUGAUAGUGACAUCUACACGUGUGACAUUGGUGACAGCCAAUCCAGUGCAAAGCUGGUGGUGCAAGGCCUGCCGGUAGUUUUUAACCAAGAACUGCAAAACAAAGAAGCACAGGAAGGGAAUAAAGUCCGUCUUACUUGUGAGCUUAACAAAUCAAACGUCCCUGUGCAGUGGAUGAAGGGCAAUGUAGUCCUGGAAGCGGGGGACAAAUACGAAUUCAAGCAACGGGGUCCUGUGACUGAACUCGUCAUCCGGGACGCAAAGCCGUCGGAUGCAGGGGAAUAUAUUUGCAAAAGUGGAGACCUGAAGACCUCUGCACGGGUGGAGGUGACAGCGGCCCCCGCCAUUUUUAAGGAAGAGCUUAAGGAUGUGGAAAAGAAAGAGGGCGAGACGGUUGCUUUGCGCUGCGUCCUCGCCGCACCAGAGGUCACAGUGGCAUGGAGGAAAGGUGCGACUCUCCUUCAGCCGAGCGAGAAGUAUGAGAUCAAACAGGAUGGCUGUGUGGCUGAGCUGCUGAUUCGCCAUGCACAACCGGAGGAUGCAGGAAAAUAUACUUGCAAUGCGGGAGAGAAACAGAGCGCAGCUCAGAUCAAAGUCCACGCUACACCCGUCAGCUUUAAAGAUAAACUGAAGAAUGCCGAAGCUCUGGAAGGUGGAGUAGCUACUCUCCACUGUGAGUUAAAUAAACCCGCUCCAGUGGAGUGGGUGAAAGGACAAAAAACGUUACGGCUGGGCAGCAAAUAUCGAAUGAAGAAAGAAGGUGCCAUCGUCGAGUUGACGAUUCAUGAUCUGGACUUGAAAGACGCUGGAGAUUAUACCUGCAUUUCUGGAGACCAACAGACAACUGCAGUCUUAACCGUGAACGCCGUGGCUGCCCAUUUCAAAACUCAACUGAAGAACCAGGAGGUGACUGAGAGUGGAACUGCCACUCUGCAUUGCGAGUUGACCAAAGCUGUGGAUUCGGUCGUGUGGAUGAAGGAUGAAGAAGUACUGAAACCGAGUGAGAAGUACCGAAUGAGGCUAGAAGGGCGCUUUGCCGAGCUUUCCAUCCAAGAUCUGGAGGUCCCAGAUGCUGGGAGUUAUACCUGCGUGUGUGGGGAUCAGAAGACCAAAGCAACUUUGAAAGUGAACGCACUGCCCGUGUUUUUCCAAGAAGAAUUAAAAAACCAGGAAGUGACCGAAGGGGAAUCGAUCACUUUCCAGUGUAAGCUGAACAAAGCAGCAACUGUGGAGUGGUACAAGGGAUCCAGGCUGCUGAAACCAGAUGGAAAAUUCCAGUUAAAACAGGAAGGUCCUUGUGUUGAACUGAUGAUCCAAGGCUUGGAUAUCGCUGAUUCUGGAGAUUAUACUUGCAAAUGUGGAUCCCAGAAGACUACAGCUAAAUUGACCAUAAAUGCCCUGCCGGUCCUCUUCACCAAAUCCUUGAAGGACGAAGAAGCUCCGGAAGGCAAAGUUGCCACUUUCCAGUGUGAGCUGAACAAAAUAUCUGCCCCCGUAGAGUGGAAGAAAGGACACAAGAUCCUUAAGCCAGGAAGCAAGUAUAAAAUGAAACACGAAGGAAAAAUUGCUGAACUGGUCAUCCAGAACUUGGAAGUAACUGAUUCUGGAAUCUAUGCUUGUGUAUCUGGAGAACAGCAAACCACAGCAUCUUUAGAAGUCAAGGCUCUGCCCGUUCUUUUCAAAGAAGGGCUGAAGAACCGGGAAGCUGUUGAAGAUGCCACCACUACUCUCCAUUGUGAGAUGUCUAAAGCUGGGGCUGAGGUACAGUGGAAGAAAGGAUCACAAACUCUUAAGCCAAGCGAUAAAUACAGAAUGAGACAGGAGGGUCCUGUUGCUGAAUUGUUGAUUCGAGAUCUGAAAGUGAUGGACACGGGAGAUUACUUCUGUGUGUGUGGAGAUCAGAAGACCACAGCCAUCUUGACCGUUCAUGCUCUACCUGUGCGUUUCCAAGAAGAACUCAAAAGCCAAGAGCUCUUGGAAGGAAAGACGGCCGUUCUGCGCUGUGCAUUAAAUAAAACUGCUGUGGUGGAUUGGAGAAAAGAUGCACAGACGCUCCAGCCAAGUGCAAAAUACAAAAUCAAACAGAAAGAAAAUGUUGCGGAGCUCACAAUCCAGGAUGUGACUGAAGAGGAUGCAGGAGAAUAUUCCUGUAUUUGUGAAGAUCAAAUCACAUCAGCCUCUAUCAGUGUGCAAGCCUUACCGCCACGUUUCAAAGUCGACCUGAAGAACCUCGAGGCUGCCGAAGACGGCACCGCCACUCUGCAGUGCGAGCUGACCAAAACUCCCGCCCUUGUGAAGUGGUGGAAGGGCAGCGAGGUUCUGAAGCCCAGCGACAAAUACGAAAUGAAACUGGAAGGUGUGGUUGCUGAACUGGUGGUCCACCACUUGCAACUGGCUGAUAUUGGGGAUUACAGUUGCACUGUUGGCGAUUCGAAGACUUCAGCUUUCUUAAGGGUGAAUGCCAUCCCUGCGAGGUUCAAGAAAGGUCUGGAGGACCAAGAAGCUUCAGAAGGUGGAACAGCUGCUCUCCGGUGCGAGCUGACAAAAACAGCUACGGUGGAGUGGAAAAAGAAACACAAGACACUGCGUGCAAAUGACAAAUACAAUCUGAAGCAGGAAGGCCCUGUGGUAGAGUGUGUGAUCCACAACCUCGAUCUUGGAGAUGCAGGAGAAUACUCCUGUGUCUGUGGUGAUCAUAAAACGACGGGGGCUCUGGCAGUCCGUGCCCUACCUCCCCAAUUCAAACAGGAACUGAAGGAUGUGUCAGCCACCGAAAAUGAAACAGCCACCUUGCAUUGUGAACUCACCAAAGCUGCUCCCGUGGAAUGGAUGAAGGAAGGAAACAAAUUAAAAGGGGACAAAUGCCAAUUCAGACAGGAAGCGGCUGUCGCGAAGUUGGUGAUCAGCAGUUUAGAAGUUGAGGAUGCUGGACAUUACACCUGUAUUUGUGGAGACCAGAAAACUUCAGCCGUUUUGACUGUUAACGCCCUCAAGCCAGAAUUCACACAGCGGCUGAAGGAUGAGAAAGCAGAUGAGGGCAGCACGGUCAGAUUACGCUGUGAGGUGACCGUCCCUAAAGCCACAGCAGAGUGGCGCAAAGAUGGUGCAAGAAUCUGUGCUAGUCCCAAAUAUGACAUCAGACAAGAUGGUGGCAUCCGUGACUUACUCAUUCAUAACUUGGAACUCCAAGACAGUGGAAAGUAUUCAUGCAGUGUUGGAGACCAAACCACUUCUGCCACAUUAUCUGUGCAAGCCCUCAAGCCAGAAUUCACGCAGCGGCUGAAGGGUGAGAAAGCAGAUGAGGGCAGCAUGGCCAGGUUUUGCUGUGAGGUGACCCUCCCAAAAGCCCCAGCAGAGUGGCGCAAAGAUGGUGCAAGAAUUCACGCUACUUCCAAAUAUGACAUCCGACAGAAUAGGGGCAUCCAUGAGUUACUCAUUCUUAACCUGGAACCCGAAGACAGCGGAGAGUAUUCGUGCAUCGUGACCCUCCCAAAAGCCCCAGCAGAGUGGCGCAAAGAUGGUGCAAGAAUUCACGCUACUUCCAAAUAUGACAUCCGACAGAAUAGGGGCAUCCAUGAGUUACUCAUUCUUAACCUGGAACCCGAAGACAGCGGAGAGUAUUCGUGCAUCGUUGGAGACCAAACCACAUCUGCCAUGUUAUCUGUGCAAGAAUUCUUCACCAAAGACAGCAUUUUUGUUUCUUGUGGAAACCGCAGAAUAUGCGUUGCCCUCAAGCCAGAAUUCACGCAGCGGCUGAAGGGUGAGAAAGCAGAUGAGGGCAGCACGGCCAGGUUUUGCUGUGAGGUGACCCUCCCAAAAGCCCCAGCAGAGUGGCGCAAAGACGGUGCAAGAAUUCACGCUACUUCCAAAUAUGACAUCCGACAGAAUAGGGGCAUCCAUGAGUUACUCAUUCUUAACCUGGAACCCGAAGACAGCGGAGAGUAUUCGUGCAUCGUUGGAGACCAAACCACAUCUGCCAUGUUAUCUGUGCAAGCCCUCAAGCCAGAAUUCACGCAGCGGCUGAAGGGUGAGAAAGCAGAUGAGGGCAGCACGGCCAGGUUUUGCUGUGAGGUGACUCUCCCAAAAGCCCCAGCAGAGUGGCGCAAAAAUGGUGCAAGAAUUCACGCUAGUCCCAAAUAUGACAUCCGACAGAAUAGGGGCAUCCAUGAGUUACUCAUUCUUAACCUGGAACCUGAAGACAGCGGAGAGUAUUCGUGCAUCGUUGGAGACCAAACCACAUCUGCCAUGUUAUCUGUGCAAGCCCUCAAGCCAGAAUUCACGCAGCAGCUGAAGGGUGAGAAAGCAGAUGAGGGCAGCACGGCCAGGUUUUGCUGUGAGGUGACUCUCCCAAAAGCCCCAGCAGAGUGGCGCAAAGAUGGUGCAAGAAUUCACGCUAGUCCCAAAUAUGACAUCCGACAGAAUAGGGGCAUCCAUGAGUUACUCAUUCUUAACCUGGAACCCGAAGACAGCGGAGAGUAUUCGUGCAUUGUUGGAGACCAAACCACAUCUGCCAUGUUAUCUGUGCAAGCCCUCAAGCCAGAAUUCACACAGUGGUUGAAGGAUGAGAAAGUGGACGAGGGGAACACGGCCAGAUUUCGCUGUGAGGUGACCGUCCCUAAAGCUGCAGCAGAGUGGCGCAAAGAUGGUGCAAGAAUGCACACUAGUCCCAAAUAUGACAUCAGACAAGAUGGUGGCAUCCAUGAGUUAAUCAUUCAUAAUUUGGAACCCCAAGACAGUGGAGAAUAUUCCUGUAGCGUUGGAGACCAAACCACUUCUGCCACAUUAUCUGUGCAAGAAGUGGACAUCACCAUCAUCCGGGGACUGAAAAGCGCGGAGGUUUUGGAAGAGGAAGAAGUCACCUUCGAAUGCGAAGUCUCCCACGACAACGCAAAAGACGUGGAGUGGAAGUUGCAAGAUUUGUCGCUUCAAAGCAACCAGAUGAAUGAGAUCUCGGUCGAGAGAGGACGAGUGCACAAAUUGACACUGCGCAACGUCACACAGCAGGAUUCUGGCACCAUCACUUUCCGGGUGGGACCAUACACCUCCACAGCGAGGCUCCGAGUGGACGAAAUACCAGCCACCAUAGAAGAAAAAUUGAAAGACCUCACCCUUCUUGAAGGAGAGGAUGCUAUGUUUCGCUGUGUGGUUUCUUGUGAGAAGGCCAAAAAUGUGCAAUGGAGUUUGGCAGGUGUGCCUCUGCAAUCCAAUGAAAUGAACCAAAUUGCCAUGGAAGGCAAAAUUCACACGCUCAUUCUCCGAAAAGUCACCCUUGAAGACUCCAGCACCAUCAGUUUCCAAGUUGGUCAGAAUUCAACACAGGCUCAGUUAUUGGUGCAAGCCAAGAAUACAGUCAUCCAGGGCCUUGAGAACGUGGAUGCGAUGGAAGGAGGGGAAGCCCUUUUUGAAUGUUAUCUAUCCAAACCAGAAAUCUACAAUUAUAACUGGCUGAUCGAUGAUGUGCCGGCAAAAACGUCCGAAAAUGUGGAAUUGGUUUAUUUUGAAAAUGGACUCCGCCAUCUUCUGCUUCUGAAGAACCUCAAAGUCCAAGACAGCUGCAGGGUUUCUUUCCAAGCGAGCGAUGUGGUCACGUCUGCUUUCUUGACCGUCAAAGGAUGGAGACUGGAAUUCCUGCAGCCUCUGACAGAUGUCACCGUCUGUGCCGGGGAACAAGCUGUCUUUAGCUGCGUGUUAAGUGAAGCAGUACCUGUUCAUGAGAUUGCCUGGUAUAUUAAUGACGUAGACAUCCAACCAAAUGAAAAUUGGAAAAUUGAAGUCGAAGGAAAUACUUAUAAACUCAUCUUAAAAAAAGCUCAGCUUCUCCACUCUGGGGAGAUAACCUUCGCUGCCAGAGAUGCUAUUGUGUCUGCAAAAUUGACCGUCAUAGUUUUAGAACCUGUGGAAGUCACUCUGCCUUUGGUUGACCAGUCUGCCACGCAAGGAGAGAAGGCCCAGUUGCAGUGCGAAUUGUCCAGCGAGACCGAAGAGGUGAUUUGGGUCAAAGGGAAAGAACCGAUCCAACCCGGAGGACGAUAUGAAAUCGUCUCUGAAGGCAAAACACAGACACUCAUCAUACACGAUUUUAAAUCUGAAGAUCAAGGAUCCUACACCUGCAUCGCCUCGCCUGAAAUAAAAACCUCUGCCAAUCUUUCGAUUGACGUUUCUCCAGUGUUGAUACUGAAAGAAGUUGUUGAGGAAGAACCAAUGUCUAAAGAGCCAAGCAAGGUAGCAGAUGAAGAGGUCCAGCCCAGCUUGCCACCCGAAGCUGCUCAGGAAGGGGACCUCCAUCUUCUGUGGGAAGCUCUGGCCAAGAAGCGGAGGAUGAGUCGCGAGCCGACCUUGGAUUCGAUCAGCGAACUGCCUGAAGAAGACGACAAGCUUCAGAAACGGAAGAAGGAGGAGGUGGAGAUAACCCAAUACUAUUCCGAGGAAUAUUCUACUUGCGAUGAAUCUGCAAAAGUUGGAGAAGCAGAUUUAUCCGUCACAAGUUCAGAUGAUGAAUCCAGAGCCGGGACACCUUCAUUAAUCACCUACCUUAAGAAGGCUGGGUCAUCUACGGUGAGCAUCAGUCGCAAAGUCGUAGAGAAAGUCCCUCAAGAUCAGCAGAAGUCUGGUGAGGAACCGCCUCCUCCUGUGGAGUCAGCCGAAAUGGAGAUUACGGAAGGAGACUUGGAAGAUCCUUCCAUGUCUCAAGCUGCCGUCAAAAUCCAAGCUGCCUUCAAAGGUUACAAAGUGAGGAAGGAAAUCAAACAGCAGGAACGUCCAGUCUUUGCUGAGACCUUCAAGGACUUUGUCGGCAAGGUGGGAGACACCCUCCAUCUGGAGUGUAUGGCCCACAGCAAAACAGACAUGAAAGUCAGUUGGCUGAAAGAUGGGAAUGAAAUUAAGGAUGGACGGCAUUAUCACAUAGACAAUUACAGUGACGGGACUUGCUCCUUGAUCAUUGCCGGUUUAGAAACGAAUGACACGGGCAAGUAUACCUGCGAAGCCUCCAAUAAAUUCGGCAAGGUCUCCCACAGUGCCAAGGUGACCAUCCAACUCCAAGCACCUUCUCGCAAGCCAAAAGCCACCAAGAAGCUUCCUGACAGCGAAUCAGAGAGCUCAUCUGGCAGCGAAUUGGACGAUGCUUUCCGUAAAGCCGGACGGAGACUUCACAAGUUGUUCAAGUCCAAAAUUUCGCCUGAGAUCUCCGACGUCGAAGAGGAACUGUUUGUCAGCGCAGACGAAGGAGAGAUUGAGGUGGUAGAUCAUCAGACCUACCGGGAAGACGAACGCUACAUCUACAUCAAGUUUGAAGUUCACACGGAGGCCAAAACAGCUGCAGGCCGGUUUCGGGAGAUGUUUGCUGCUAUGGGUAUUCCUGUUGAGAUUGACAUUUUGGAUCAAGGCCCUAAAAAGAUAGAGUUGCGUAUUGGGAAAGCCACUUCACCUCCUGCGGGACAGUUGCGGACUUUGGUUCAACGGCCACCACCUACUUUGCUGACCUCUGAUACUGCUCCAAUCUUCAUCACUGAACUUCAAAAUCAAGAAGUGCAGGAUGGUUAUCCAGUCAGUUUCGAUUGUGUGGUGAUUGGCAAGCCGAUGCCGACUGUCCGGUGGUUUAAAGAUGGCCGUGUUCUUGAAGAGGAUGACCACUACAUGAUCAAUGAGGACCAGGAAGGAUGUCAUCAGCUGAUCAUCACUGCGGUGGUCCCUCUUGACAUGGGGGUCUACCGCUGCGUGGCUGAAAACAGCAUGGGGGUAUCUUCAACAAAAGCUGAGCUACGAGUGGACUUAACCAGCACAGACUAUGAUACAGCCGGAGAUGCAACAGAGACCUCAUCAUACUACAGCGCCAAAGGUUACCUGUCCAGCCGGGAACAAGAAGGCGUGGAGUCGACAACCGAAGAAGAACAGUUGCCUCAAAUCAUGGAUGAACUUCACGAUAUUCACGUGGCACCUGGAGCCCCUGUUGCCAAAUUCCAUUUAAAAGUGAAAGGUUUCCCCGAGCCCCGUCUCUACUGGUUCAAAGACGGUCAGCCUUUACACACAAGCGAUCGUCUCCAAAGGACAGACAGCCAUGAGUUUCAUGCUCUGGAAGUUCUCCAGGUCACCAAAGAGGAUGAUGGCCAGUAUUCUGUCUUCAUCACCAACUCUGCUGGGUCUGCAUAUUCAGCAGCCAAGCUCGUAGUCAAAGGUGAGCAGGCUGAAAUGGACAGAAAACCAGAAGCAGACAUUUAUGAACAGCUGGUGCCACCAAGAUUCCUGGAAAGAUUUACCAAUAAGAAAGUGAGGAGAGGGGUCAGCAUCACCCUUUCAGUGAAAGUGGAAGGGACUCCAUCGCCCUCAGUAACAUGGUUGAAGGAAGAAUUUCAUGGCGAAGACAUCCUAUGGAUCAAGUCGGACACCCCAGGUUAUAAACUGGCCAGUUCCAAUAUGCAGCACAGCCUGAUCUUAUUGGAUGUGGAAAAGACCUAUAGUGGAAACUAUACCUGUAUUGCCUCCAAUCAGGCUGGUCAGUCUAUCUGCAGUGCUUCCUUGGAAGUUUUGGAUGUGAAAGAGGCCGAAUCUCUGACGCAGGAGCGUGUGAUGGUGACAGAGGCCAUCAUGACAUCAAUUGGAGCUCAAGCUCCUGAAGCUGGGAAAGGAGAGUACAUGGAAGGCGAAACAGUUCGGAGUCAGAUUUCUCUAACUGAAGUGGGAACCGAAGAAUUUCUGCAGAAACUGACAUCUCAGAUCACGGAAAUUGUGUCUGCAAAGAUAAGUCAAGCUUCCCUCCGAAUUCCUGGGGCUGAUAGUGACGAUGAAUCAAAAACACCAUCAGCAUCUCCACGGCAUGGCAGAUCCAGACCUUCCUCAACUGCUCAGGAAUCGUCUUCCGAAUCUGAUGAAGGGGACGCAAGGGGAGAGAUUUUUGACAUCUACAUGGUCAUUGCUGACUAUACCCCAAUGGGGGCAGACCGUGAAACCAUCACUCUGAAGGAAGGCCAAUAUGUGGAGGUUUUAGACUCUGCUCAUCCUUUGAAGUGGCUGGUCAGGACCAAACCCACCAAGUCAAGCCCAUCGAGGCAAGGUUGGGUUUCUCCAGCCUACCUGGAUAAGAAGUUAAAGCUCUCUGCAGAGUGGGGUAUCCCCGAUGUCCCAGAAUUCCAUGGAGAAUUUGUUUCAGAAGAUGAAUACCGGAAGAAAUUAAGCCUUAUCGUUCAAGAUCUGUUGGGCACGGAAGAGGAAUAUGUCAAGGAUCUGCAGUUCCUGCAAACGCACCACAUCCAGUUCACGGAGACUUGCCCCGCCGUUCCUGUUGCUGUGUCCAACCAGAAGCCCGUUAUUUUCAGAAACAUUACUGACAUAACGCACUUCCAUUCCAACACCUUUUUCCCAGAGCUUCAGAAAUGUGACACGGAUGACGAUGUGGCUAUGUGCUUCCUUAAAAACGAAGGGGAAUUUGACAAAUACAUCACCUACUUGGUGGGCCGGGUUCAAGCUGAAUCCAUUGUGGUCAGCAAAGUGGUCCAGGAGUUUUAUAAGCGAUACACAGAGGGAACGCUGGCCAGUGAGGAUCCUUCUCUGCCGCCGAUCCUCCCUCUGCAACACUACCUAGAGAGACCCAUAACCCGGAUCCAGAAAUAUCAAACGGCAAUCAAGGACAUGAUCCGAAACAAAGCAAGGAACACUCAAAACUGUGCCCUCCUAGAACAGGCCUACGCCAUUGUUUCUGCACUCAACAGGCGAGCGGAAAACAACCUUCAUAUUUCUCUCAUUGAGAACUACCCUGGAACACUGGAAAUAUUAGGGGAACCCAUCCGCCAGGGACAAUUCAUUGUGUGGGAAGGCGCUCCGGGGGCCCGCAUGGCUUGGAAGGGACAUAAGCGACACGUCUUCCUCUUCAAGGGUUACCUGCUCGUGUGCAAGCCAAAACGAGACACGAAGUUGGAUACUUACAGUUACCUAUUCAAGAACAUGAUGAAGCUGUCCCACAUCGAUGUGAACGACGUGAUCGAAGGAGACGAUCGGGCGUUUGAGAUCUGGCAUGAACGGGAAGAUUCGGUCCGGAAAUAUCUCUUCCAGGCGCGGACCGUUAUCAUCAAAAACUCGUGGGUGAAGGAAAUCUGUUGUAUUCAGCAACGGAUUAGUCUCCCUGUAUGGGAUCCACCCGAUUUUGAGGAGGAACUGGCGGACUGUACAGCAGAACUGGGUGAAACGGUCAAGCUUGCCUGCCGAGUCACAGGCACCCCUAAACCAGGUGUCACCUGGUAUAAAGAUGGGAAGCCGGUCGACGUGGAUCCUCACCACAUCAUCAUCGAAGAUCCCGAUGGAUCUUGUACAUUGAUCCUUGAUAAUUUGACUGGAGUGGAUUCUGGGCAAUAUUUGUGCUAUGCAUCUAGUCCAGCCGGCAGUGCCAGCACCCUUGGGAAAAUUCUCGUCCAAGUGCCUCCACGGUUUGUAAACAAGGUGAAACACGCCUAUUACGCCAAAGGCACAGACGCACAGUUUACUUGCACCAUCGAAGGGGCACCAUGGCCCCAGAUCAGAUGGUAUAAAGAUGGGAACCUCCUCACCGAUCCAAACAAACACCAGAGCUACAGUGAGCCACGAAGUGGAGUGAUUGUCCUGGUUAUCAAAAAUGCCUGUGAGGAUGAUGAAGGUUUAUAUGAGUGUGAGUUAAUAAACAGGUUGGGGACUGCAAAGGGAGGCGCACACCUUUACUGCCAAACCACAACAGCCUUGGCUCCGGAGAAGAGACCCGAGCAAGCGAUAACGAUAGAAGUCACUGAACAAGAAACUAAAGUGCCUAAGAAAACCAUCAUCAUAGAGGAAACCAUCACCACUGUUGUGAAAAACCCGAGGACCAAACGAAAGCCAUCUCCCGCCCGUCCAUCUUCCAGCUACGCUCCUCGCUCUCCGGGCUCGGAGUUCGCAACAUCGGAGCCGAUUUAUGUCAGCAAGAUUAGGCAACCCGGUCCCAGGCACGACCCAGAAGGAGUAGGGAAGACUGCCAUUCCUACUCUUUUUGUGACAGACCCUCAGGAGAGGCCAGGAGUUGCAGGCAGGCGUAUCAGUGUAGAAACCCCUCUGGAAGAACAACGGAAGUGGGUAGAAGUGGAAGAAAUAAUUGAAUUUAAUGUGCAAAAACCAACCCAGGUGUCAAGGAAGAGAAGCAUAUCGCCCGCGCGAUCCGAGAAGGAGGAAUUUGGGUCAGGCUAUCCUCAGCCCACCACAAGACCCAGGCCUCCCUCUGAAGAUGACCCAAAUGUGAAUAAUUCCAACAACAAACGAGUCGAGCAGGUUGAAUCACCCAUCUCCCAAGAUGUUCAAACAUCUGGAGGACCAAAGGGAAACCAAAAUGAAAGUUCUUGUGUGGAGCUAGAAGGAAAGAGACAUCUUCAUGAGUCCAGACGCCAGACUGACUCAUCUGAGGCUACCACGGUUGAAACAUCUCAGAUGGGCCUUCAGCUCCCCCAGGUUGAGGACUAUGUUGUGGAGAAGUCAUCUCCAGAAGACGAGACUCUUCCAGAUCAAAAAACAAUAGUAGAUGACCCCAGUCGGGGAGACCUCUCCGAUCUUGGCAAUCGUGAAGUCAAAAUCCUUACUCGGAACGGGAAAGCAUUAACUUUGGAGGACCUUGAAGAUUAUGUCCCUGAAGAAGGAGAGACCUACAGAUGCAGCCAUCUUAAUUCCGAAGAAGAUAAACCUUGCGAGAUUGCGGUUCUCCAGACCGAGAUCAACAAACCCACCGUCGGCAAACCAGUGUUACUGAACGUUGGAAGACCCGUGGUUUCUGAAUCCAGACAAACCUUUUUUAGCAAAUUUGAAGGCCGUCAACCUGGAAGUAUCUUCAUGUCGGCAUCCAGAGUGACCGAGACGCAACCUAGAGAUCCCACCAAUGUUUCUUUCCAAAUUGGCGAGUCCCACCGACCAACUUUCUGUACACAAGUCCAGUUGUCCCCAGACAGUGGCGCGUCCAAUUUCAAAACCGAAGUGUCCACUCGAAGCUACAGCACCUCUGUCGGAGAAACGGUCACGUUCCACAUCAAGAAGGACGAUCCUUCCCAAAGUUAACGAGAAAUUAGUGCCAGAUCUCUUAACCAUGAUGAACAAAAAUUUUUUUUAAAAAAAAUGUAAACAUCAACCUCAGCAACCAUCAACGCCUUUACCAAAGAGAAGAACAAGAAUCUGAAUGGAGAAACUACAAUUAAAAAAAUAAAAUACUAGAAAAUAAUGACGUACCACAAAAUUGAUGUUUUGCAAGGGAACACUUCUGUCAGUACCAGCUAUAAUGUAAUCUUUGAUUUGUAAUCCCCCCCCCGCAUUUUGUAUUAAAAAAUAGCACACCAUUCCAUUAUAAGGCACUGAGGUGCAAUAAAACUAAAACAUCAUUAGUGAGACGAGAUUAAAUUAUGGUUAUUUUCUCUUAAAUGGAUGAUACAAAACUGCUGAUGUUU